AUGUCUUCGAAUGAAUUGAAAGAAAGUCGGUUAUGGUGGGAAGGACCUGCCUGGUUGAGAAGUUCUGAAGAAGAAUGGCCAAAGGAUCUACAAUCGGCAUCUUUAAAUGAACAUGUUGAGAUUGAGAGAAAGCAUCAAGCCAGUAUCAAUAGUUAUGUCAUACAACCACAAGAGAUAUUUGUUGACUUUACCAGAUUCAGCAAGUACUAUAAGUUAUUGAGAACAAUAGCAUGGAUAAAGAGAUUUAUCCACAAUGCUCAAGUUAAGCAGGACAAAAGAAGACAAAAUGUCUUAACUGGAUUCGAAAUCCAAGAGUCAGAACGUUGGUUGGUCAAUCGAAUCCAAAUAGAACGGUUUUCAGAGGAAAUUUUGUUGAUUCGACAAAGUAAAGCAUUGAACGAUAGUAAGUUAAUUUAAAACUCUUUUAAAGCACGGCCCAUUAAACUUAGUACGUAUGCACGUACUAAGUAUGUUUCAUUCAUAUCUUCGGUUCAGUAAACGCUAUGUAGAUGAAAAUACCACCAUUCGACUAACUGCAAAAAUAUAUACUAAUUUAUAACGAUGGUUUUAGUCAAUGACUACAUUGUAGCGAUUUAUGAGCUUUGAAAGUCAAGCGAGCUCGUAUAUGAUGAAAUUACGCAAUAUUACUAACAAAUUAUAAACAUAGACAUACCUUUCGCCGAACAUAACUUUGGGCCCUUGAGUCGCAUGCUCAUUCUGAUACUCCUGAUGGAUUAAGCAGUUAAAAAUAACAUGUAGAGUGUUAUUAAUUUUCAAGCUUAUAUCUUUAAAGUGCGACUUUUACUGCCGAAUAUUACAUUUCUGCUCUAAAUUUGCAAUAAUCCAAAUCGGAAAUACGAGAAAAAUCGUGAAAACAAUGCGAUGCUUGCAUCGCGUGACUGUGGAAAUGCCAGAAAUGGAUUCUACAGGUCAAAGUGCACCUAUACGCGUGAGUUUGACGUCAUCCCGGCUAAAGGAGCUCCUUAUUGGUCAAGUAUUGCGUAAUACACGCGUGUGAGAGUAAAACCCGAUAUUUUGAAAAAUUCGAAAUAAAUAUUUCUAGUCGGCGUAUUCAAACGAAACUUUCUACACGAAAGCUCUUGAAUUCAAAGAGUAUCUUACUCAUAUAACCUUUCAAAAAACGACGAAAGUUUAGAAGAUAUUCAACUUUUUCUCCAUAUGAAACACAGACUGUUUGGCCAAGCGGUGAGUAUAAAUAUAUGAUUUUCGCUUUGUGUCAAUGUUCUGACGGCACUUGACCCCCCGUUCGAAAGGUUAUUAUGUAAGGAUUUUAAUGGUGUCUUUUGUUUUAAAGGGGGGUAAAUACUCGCCGAGAUAUUCACUUUAGAAAAUUGGACCGUAAUGUAAUGCGAAACCGGCCUGAUGAGAAAUUAAUUAAUUAAUUAAGAAACUUGAAUCCUUUCUUGUGUCAGUCUACCGGUUUGCUUCGUGUUGGUGUCCGAAUCCAUAAAGCUGAGUUGCCCGAGGAGGAGAAACAUCCCAUUAUUUUACCUAGUGAUCAUCCUGAUGUAGAAUUAUUUGUUCAAGCUAUUCACCGUCGUGAAAUGCAUGCUGGCGUUGAGCAUACAUUGUCAGUGGUCCGUCAAAGAUUUUGGUUGAUAAAAGGAAGAGCUACGAUCCGAAAUCGUAAAGAGAUGUAUAGUGUGUCGUCAGUUUUACACCAAGACUGUCUCUUAACAAAUGGCACCUCUUCCAGCUGA